GAUUGCAUAGACAACAAGAUCCAGAGAUUGUUCCAAUUUGAUGGCACAUACUUCCUCGGGAGCUUCUGAAAUAAAAUAUGUUCUUUCUCUUUGUCUCCUGCUUACUUCGGGAUUGAUGGUUGCUGCAUCAAAGCAAAUGUUAGAUAAUGUUCCUCAAAUGAAGUAUGAUGUUUUUGUUAACUUCAGGGGCAAGGACAUCCGUGACGGUUUUCUCGGUUAUUUGACUCGGGCUUUUCAUCAAAAGCAAAUAUAUGCUUUCAUAGAUGAUAAACUUGAGAAGGGAGAUGAAAUAUGGCCAUCACUUGUUGGAGCAAUUCAGGGAUCAUCGAUUUCAUUGACCAUAUUCUCCGAAAACUAUACUUCUUCACGUUGGUGUUUGGAAGAACUUGUGAAAAUACUUGAGUGCAGGGAGAAAUACAGACAAACUGUAAUACCUGUUUUCUACGGGGUAAAUCCCACAGAUGUGCGGCAUCAGAAGGGGAAUUAUGGAGAAGCUCUUGCUGUACUUGGAAAGAAAUAUAAUUUGACCACCGUGCAAAACUGGAGAAAUGCUUUAAAGAAGGCUGCUGAUUUAUCAGGAAUAAAGUCAUUCGAUUACAAGACUGAAGUUGAUCUGCUUGGAGAAAUCAUCAACACUGUCAAUCUUGUGUUGAUAAGUUUGGAUACGCAUCCAUUUAACAUAAAAGGACAUAUAGGAAUCGAAAAAUCAAUUCAACAUUUAGAGUCAUUGUUACACCAAGAGUCAAAAUAUGUCCGAGUUAUUGGAAUUUGGGGUAUGGGCGGAAUUGGAAAGACAACAAUUGCAGAAGAAAUGUUUAAAAAGCUAUAUUCCGAAUAUGAUUCUUAUUACUUUUUGGAAAAUGAAGAGGAAGAAUCAAGAAAGCAUGGAACAAUUUCGUUGAAGGAAAAACUUUUUUCUGCACUACUCGGAGAAAAUGUGAAAAUGAACAUAUUGCACGGGUUGUCAAAUUAUGUUAAGAGAAAGAUAGGUUUUAUGAAGGUUUUAAUCGUUCUUGAUGAUGUGAAUGAUUCAGAUUUACUAGAAAAAUUAAUUGGAAACCUUGAUUGGUUUGGCCGAGGUAGUAGAAUCAUUAUAACAACUAGAGAUAAACAAGUGCUUAUUGCAAAUAAAGUUGAUGAUAUAUACCACGUUGGGGCAUUGAAUUCUAGUGAAGCACUGGAGCUUUUUAGUUUUUAUGCCUUUAACCAAAAUCAUCUUGAUAUGGAGUAUUAUAAGCUAUCAAAGAGAGUGGUCAAUUAUUCCCAAGGCAUUCCAUUAGUUCUUAAAGUUUUGGGUCAUCUUCUUUGUGGGAAAGAUAAGGAAGUAUGGGAAAGUCAGCUAGACAAACUUAAAAACAUGCCAAAUACAGAUAUUUACAAUGCAAUGAGAUUGAGUUAUGAUGAUCUAGAUCGUAAAGAACAAAAGAUUCUUUUAGAUCUUGCAUGUUUUUUCAUGGGAUUGAAUUUGAAAGUAGACCACAUAAAAGUUCUAUUGAAAGAUAGCGAAAAAGAUGAUUCAGUGGUUGUUGGGUUAGAAAGAUUGAAAGAUAAGGCUCUUAUAACCAUUUCUGAAGAUAAUAUUAUAUCUAUGCACGACAUCAUACAAGAAAUGGCUUGGGAGAUUGUUCGUCAAGAAUCAAUUGAAGACCCAGGAAAUCGAAGCCGAUUGAUGGAUCCUAAUGACAUUUAUGAAGUAUUAAAAUAUAACAAGGGGACUGAAGCCAUAAGAAGCAUAAGGGCAGACAUGUCAGUAAUUAGGAAGCUGCAGUUAAGCCCUCACAUAUUUACUAAGAUGAGCAAACUGCAGUUUUUGUAUUUUCCUAGCAAAUAUAAUCAAGAUGGCCUUUCUCUCCUUCCUCACGGGCUUCAAUCUUUCCCAGUUGAGCUAAGAUAUGUUGCUUGGAUGCACUACCCUCUAAAGUCCUUGCCUAAGAACUUUUCUGCCAAAAACAUUGUUAUGUUUGACUUGUCUUGUAGCCAAGUGGAAAAACUUUGGGAUGGAGUGCAGAAUUUGAUGAAUUUAAAAGAACUUAAAGUCUCCGGUUCUGAAAACUUGAAGGAGCUGCCAGACCUUUCAAAAGCGACAAAUCUUGAAGUGCUGGAUAUCAAUAUAUGUCCUAGGUUGACUAGUGUGUCUCCAUCUAUUUUGUCUCUCAAGAGAUUGUCUAUAGCUUAUUGUUCCCUUACAAAAAUUACAAGCAAGAACCACCUACCCUCCCUUAGUUUUCUCAACCUUGAAUCAUGCAAAAAACUAAGGGAAUUUUCAGUGACAUCAGAGAAUAUGAUUGAACUUGAUUUAUCAUCCACUCGUGUCAAUUCAUUGCCUUCAUCUUUUGGACGUCAAAGCAAGCUCAAAAUCCUACGGCUAAGAGACAGUGGCAUCAAUAGUUUGCCUUCAAGCUUCAAGAAUCUUACAAGACUGCAAUAUCUGACUGUAUAUAAAUCCAGGGAGCUUUGUACUCUAACAGAGCUUCCCCUAUCCCUUAAAACUCUAGAUGCCACAGAUUGCACAUCAUUGAAGACUGUAUUGUUUCCAUCAAUUGCUCAGCAAUUCAAGGAAAACAGGAAGGAAGUUCUGUUUUGGAAUUGCUUGAAAUUGGAUGAACAUUCUCUCAAGGCUAUUGGGUUAAAUGCACAUAUUAACGUGAUGAGAUUUGCAUACCAACAUUUAUCUGCACCAGAUGAAAAUUAUGAUGAUUACGAUCGUACUUAUGAAUCUUAUCAGGUAAAGUAUGUGUAUCCAGGAGGCAUAGUUCCAGAGUGGAUGGAGUAUAAAACAACAAAGGAUUAUAUAAUUAUUGAUCUCUCUUCUAGUCCACACUCCUCACAAUUGGGCUUCAUUUUCAGCUUUGUUAUCUCUGGUCCUAUGGUGAAGGCAAUAAUGGGUUACAGAUUUACAUUUUAUAUCACUGUCAGUGAUGAUGAGGACGAAAAUAAAAAGGAUAGUAUCGACAUCUACAUGUCUGACUCAAUUGUCUGGGUUGCAUCAGAUCAUGUGUGUGUGAUUUAUGACCAACGAUGUUCUCGCUACCUAAACAGUAGAGUCAAAAAUCAAACAAGGUUUAAAAUCAAGGUUGAAGCAAUGGCAGCAGCGGUGGCUCAUCAGAGGGGCGUGGGGUUAAAAGGGUUUGGAGUCAGCCCAAUAAACACCUCAGCAUAUCACAAUUUCAGGAAACACAUAAACACCACAGCAUAUCACAAUUUCAUUCAGGAAAUGAACAUCCCAGCAGAUCACAGUUUCAUUCAGAAAAUAAAAGCCACAGCAGAUCAUAGUUUGAUUCAACAAAUGGAAGUGCCUGAUCCUUUGUAUUUCAUUCCAAUGCUUCCUAUCUUCCUCUUUAUAUCCUUCUUUUUGUUAAGAGGCAGACUUUGCUUUAGACAUAAGUUCUUUUAUGUAAAUUCUUGUUAUACUGCAGGCCUGCUGAGUGAUUAUACAAACAGCAAUAAGCUUCAUUGAUGUUUCCCAUGUAGCUACAGAUGUGUGCUGGAAAUAGGAAAGAUAUUGUAACAAGGCUAUGAAAUGAAA